AUGGCUGGCCUGCUGCUCGUUGACAUAGCCAUCUACGCGCUAUUCACGCUCUGCAUCGCGGCGAUUGCAUCAGCAGAUCAAGAGCCGCGGUUCCGCUCGCAGAAAUACGCCAAGGGCUUCGAGGGGCCAUAUCCACUACAGCGAUACGGCUCUGCUGAUGUAUCAGGCCCGAUAUUGAACUACUGGCAUCGCAGUGUAGCCUGUCAGGAUGGGCUAUAUACUAUUCUGACGCCGCGGGGAGACUCGGUGCGGCAAUCGGGGCCGAUGAUUGUGGAUCAGCAGGGGCAUUUGGUGUGGUUUAAGCAGUACAAGACCACUUAUAACGCCAAUGUGCAUGAUUACAAGGGGGAGAGGUAUUUGACGUUCUGGGCGGGAGAUGAUUCUGUCAGAGGGCAUGGGGAAGGGACGUAUUAUAUGCUAAACUCCCACUACGAGGAAGUAUACAAAAUCCACGGUGCCAAUGGCCUGUACGGCGACCUUCACGAAUUCCAAAUCACCCGCGACGACACAGCUCUCUUCGCCGUCUACGAAAUACUCCCCACAGAUCUCCGCGAAGUGAACGGACCAAAAGUCGGCUGGAUCUACGACGGCCUCUUCCAAGAAGUCGACGUCGAAACAAACGAGAUCCUCUUCCAAUGGCGAGCAUCCGAACACUUCCCGCUCCAAGAAGCUGAGCGAGAUCGCGAAGAAGGUGACGGCGAAACCGAGGAUAACCCUUGGGACUUCUUCCAUAUCAAUAGCAUCGACAAGGAUUGGCGGGGGAAUUACCUGAUUUCCUCGCGGUAUAUGAGUUCAUUAGCGUACAUCGACGGCCGAACGGGCGAUAUUAUCUGGAAAUUAGGCGGAAAGCAGAAUUCAUUCCAGGACCUGAGUGGCGGCGCAGCAACGAAUAUCAGCUGGCAACAUCAUGCUCGAUUCCAUGUACCAUACGACACGAACUCCACACGAAUGAUAUCCCUCUUCGAUAACGCGUCUCGCGGCGAAGGCGCACCCGAAAACACGAGUCGCGGAUUAAUCAUCGAAAUCAACGAAGAGGACAUGACUGUCGCCGUGGUGCAAGAGUACUGGAACCCAACGCCCAUCAGUAGCCAAUCGCAGGGCUCAAUGCAGGUCCUCGACAACGGAAAUGUUGUCUUGGGCUACGGGUACAGCGCUGCAUGGACGGAAUUCACCGCAGAGGGCGAGGCACUCUGCGAAGUCCAUUUCGGACCACAGACUCAAUUUCACCGAGGGCAGAUCGUUUCGUAUCGUGUUUUCAAGCAGGAGUGGCUUGGGUUGCCGUUGACGAGUCCCUCUGUCGCAUUAUCCGGUACCCAGGCCGCUGUGAGCUGGAAUGGAGCUACUGAAGUGGUGACUUGGGUUUUGCAGGGGGCUUUUUCCAGGGGAGAGCAGGGUGAGAAUGUCGGUGUUGUGGCUGCUCGACAACUCGCGGACAGCGAGGACCUCGAUCUCGAAUUUGAGUUCAUCUCCGCGGCUCCAAAGUCGGGAUUUGAGACUAUCAUCUACUUGCCACGCGAUACACCGUAUAGCAAGUUGCGGAUCAUCGCCCUGGGCAAGAAGGGUGAUACCCUGGGUGCGACGGCAGAAUUGGACUGGGAACCAGAGGAAAUGAACAAGGAAGUCGCCGUGUAUAGUGGCGAGGAGCAACCGAAUGAACAAGAUGCGGAUACCGAGGAAACAUCUGACACAACGUCCCUUUGGACAAUUGGAAUUGGAUUAAUCACUGUGGCGGUACUCGGAUUCUGUGUAUGGCUGUUGUGCAAGAUUGCAAAUAGCGGCUCUUUGAAGAACAUGUUUACCCGUGAGAAGAACGGAGGUGUCUGGCAACGGGUGUAUGCAGAGGAGGAAUUGGAUGAACUGGAAGGCUUCAGUGAUGUGGAGUCGGGAGAUCAUGCGAGUGACUCUUUAUUGAAACGCCCUGGAGGAUAG